AUGGAUCAACGGCCGGUCUAUGAGAGGACUCUAACAGAGUCCCAGCUGCUCGAGCAGCUUCCGAGUGGAAUCUCGACUUUCAUUCGGACUGCAUCGGGGACGCAACACCUCCACGCGCUUGCGCUUGGCGCAUUAAACACCGAAUUUACAGAGAGCAUUUUCAGGCUCUACGAACCGAUUUUUGUCGAUCUUGCAGCUCGUUGGCUUCAAUCGGAUUUACAUGCCGAUUAUAUUCAUGUGUUAGCGGCAUUCGCGCAGAUUUUGCCAUUUGCGCCGCAUCUGCGGUCGCUCGCCAGUCAAUAUGCCUCAUCACAGACUGGCCCUCUCUCGGCAUUGGCCGUAUCGAAAGAACUAACACUGCUGCAGCUGGAUCAGUCUAGCAUUCGCAUCUUACUCCUCGCCCUCUUCCGACUCCUUUCGUUUGAUCUCGAGACGUUUUCUCCCGUCGUUUCACCGCUUCAACUGCAGUCCCUCUUCCAGUCUCAAGACCGAGUCACACGGUACCUUGCUGUACGAUGCUUUGCCUUAUAUAUGCACGCAGCUGACGCGGCUACCGAGAAGAUGGUCCGCGCGAACACCGGGACCGAUCCCGUUGAAGGAGAAUGGGAAGGCACUCUUAUCGAUUACCGCCUGCUGGGAUUGUGGGAGGAACGGCGAUGGGAGAGCCUUGGACGAAUCAUCCGGAACGAGAGGUCUUCCAGGAAGGAGGCCGACGCUUUGGCGCUGGUCGAGAGGACAAAGGACUCUUUCACGCCCAAAACCGCAGAGAUCUGUGGAGUUUUGAUUCCCAGGUUAAAAGAGGAGGUGCCCGUGUACUCGAGCUCAGUCGUAAAGACCUCGACUACGAUUGGUAAUCUGCGCCGGAUUGCAGGCUCCCUGCUUGGGUUCAAGCCUAUUAUGUUGGUCGGUUUGCCUAAUUCCGGAAAGACCUCUUUGAUCAAUGAUAUUGCUGCCACGAUGGGUCAAUCUGAAUCUAUGGUUACGCUUCACCUGAAUGAGCAGACGGAUGCGAAGAGUCUUCUGGGAAUGUAUGCGACUUCGUCUGCCUCUGGUUCCUUCUCCUGGCAACCUGGUGUAUUGACCAAGGCUGCACGCGAAGGUCGCUGGGUCUUGAUUGAGGACCUUGAUCGCGCUCCCUCUGAAGUGAUGGGUCUUAUCCUCCCAAUUAUUGAGAGAGGAGAGCUCACCAUUCCCAGCCGGAGAGAGCGGAUUAAAUGUGCAGAGGGCUUCAAGAUUAUUGCAACAAUGAAGUCAUCAUACAACAUUGCUGGUGAGGAGGUUGCCCACAGCACCUCCAUGCUCGGGAGCAGACUUUGGGAGAGAGUGCAAGUCAACUCUCUUCCCGUGGACGAGAUGCGAGAUGUCAUCCUGCAAAAGUACUCCUUGCUCGAAUCUCGCGUGCCGACCCUCAUGGAGGUCUACGCAAGAGUAUGCUCUGCAUUCCACGGGAGUCUUGCAAUCAAGGGCUCACAGGGCCGUACCCCGGGUUUCCGUGAUCUGAUCAAAUUGUGCAGUCGACUGCACAAUCGCCUGCAACGCAUGGGCGCGAAGACCGGCUACGAAGCCACGUCAGAAGGUACCGAGGAUGAGAUAUUCCUGGACAUUGUUGACGUGUUCUUGAAGUACCUGCCUGAGAGGUCGAUGCAAAGCACUCUUGCCGCCGUUGUUGCCGAGGUGCUUCAGAUCUCACCUCAGCGAGCACAAUUCUGCCUGCAUGAGCGUACGCCUUCAUAUACUGACAAGAACAACAGUCUUGUUCUUGGUCGGGAAAUCUGUCAGAAAAUCAAGGUACCGAGUGGAUCGGCCUUGAAACUGGCGGCGGCAGCCUCUCGAUUUGCUCCUACAAGAGCAGCGUUGUCACUGAUGGAGCAGGUUGCAGCCUCUAUACAGAUGGCAGAGCCUGUACUGCUUGUCGGAGAAACUGGUAUUGGAAAGACCACAGUCAUCCAACAUCUCGCAACUCUGAUGCGCCAGAAGCUUACAGUAGUGAACUUGUCACAGCAAAGUGAAAGUACUGACCUGCUGGGUGGCUUCAAGCCCGUCAAUAUUCGUACCAUGGCAGUUCCAAUGCUGGACGAGUUCACUCAACUGUUUGAGCUGACAUUCUCCGCCAAGAAGAACCAGAAGUUCCUAUCUUCAGUGUCGAAAAGCGUUGCAUCUUCGAAUUGGGUGCGAUUGGUGACUCUAUGGCAUGAGGCCGUUCGUCUUGCCAACGGUGUCUUCCAUCCUCCCACCUCCAAUGCUGAUGGUGAUGAGCAGCCAGCCAAGAAGCGAAAGUUGGAUUCUCCCAAGUAUCAGCACCUGCGACAAAGAUGGGAGAGCUUCACGACUCAGCUUGGAGAGUUCGAAGCUCAAGUCUCACAAGGUGAUGCCAAAUUCGCCUUUGCCUUCGUCCAAGGUAAGAUCGUAAGAGCUUUGAGAAAUGGCGAAUGGGUUUUGCUAGAUGAAGUAAACUUGGCUUCCCCCGACACCCUUGAGAACAUUGCCAGUCUUUUGCACCACGGCAGCGAAGGAUCUCCUUCUGUUCUCCUCUCCGAGGCUGGUGAUGUUGAGAGGGUUUUCGGUCAUCCCGAAUUCCGUAUCUUUGGUGCAAUGAACCCUGCAACAGAUGCUGGAAAGCGAGAUUUGCCCCCAGGCCUGCGCUCCCGGUUCACCGAAUUUUACGUGCAUUCGCCCGAUACUGAUUUGGACGAUCUGUUGGCUUUGAUCCAGAAAUACCUCGGAGAUUUGACAAUCAGUGACCAGAGAGCUGUACCGGACCUUGCAACAUUGUACAUGGUGACCAAGCAGCUCAGCAACCAGAACAAGCUCACCGACGGAGCCGGCCAGAGGCCCCAUUUCAGUAUUCGUACACUUGUUCGUGCUCUCAUCUAUGUCAUCGACCAUGCGCAUGUCUACGGGCUUCGCAGAGCGAUCUUUGAGGGAUUCAGCAUGAGUUUCUUGACUGUACUCAGCCUGGCCUCAGAGCAAGCCCUAAUUCCCCUUCUCGAAACUCACAUCUUCGGCAACGCGAAGAACGCAAGAUCUCUCCUUGGACAAACCCCUCGCCCCCCGACAGAUGGCAAUGAAUAUGUCCAGUUCAAGCAUUACUGGAUGCGCCGGGGCCCUAUGAUCCCCGAGGAGCAACCGCAUUACAUUAUCACUCCAUUUAUCGAGAAGAACCUGAAGAACCUGGUCCGAGCUAGUUCCACCCGCCGAUUCCCAGUUCUACUUCAAGGUCCGACAUCAGCCGGAAAGACAAGUAUGAUUGAGUACCUUGCCAAGGUGUCUGGAAACAAGUUUGUGCGAAUCAACAACCACGAGCACACGGACUUGCAGGAGUAUUUGGGAUCUUACAUCUCCACAGACGAUGGAAGUCUAAAAUACCAAGAGGGUGUCCUGGUAGAGGCCCUACGGAACGGUUAUUGGAUUGUGCUGGAUGAGCUUAAUCUGGCACCUUCCGAUGUUCUUGAGGCUCUCAACCGACUUCUAGAUGACAACCGUGAGCUCUUCAUCCCCGAGACUCAAGAAUUCGUUCACCCUCACCCGAACUUCAUGCUGUUCGCCACUCAAAACCCCGCUGGUUUGUAUGGUGGACGAAAGGUCCUGUCCCGCGCAUUCCGCAACCGUUUCCUGGAGCUUCACUUCGAUGAUAUUCCAGAAAGCGAACUCGAGUUCAUUUUGAAGGAACGAUCUCAAAUCGCCCCUUCGUUCUGCACGCGCAUUGUGGCUGUCUACCGCAAAUUAUCAUUACUGCGCCAGUCCAACAGACUGUUUGAGCAGAAGAACAGUUUUGCCACACUGCGUGAUCUUUUCCGAUGGGCCCUUCGUGACGCAGAUGAUCGCGAGCAGUUGGCAGUCAACGGUUAUAUGCUGCUUGGUGAGCGUGUACGCAAUCCCCAAGAAAAGGCUGCUGUCAAGGCUGUGAUCGAGGAGGUCAUGAAGGUGAAAUUAGACGAGGAUACUCUCUACAGCUCUGCAGAGCUGGAAAAGAGCAUUCCUGAGAUGAGCGAGCUUCCGACUGGUAUCGUGUGGACCAAGGCCAUGCGUCGUCUUUUCGUUUUGGUAUCCAAGGCUCUCAAGAACAAUGAGCCCAUCCUGCUUGUUGGUGAAACCGGUUGUGGUAAGACCCAGCUUUGCCAGGCUGUUGCUGAGGCUUUCCGGAGAGAGCUAUUCAUUGUGAACGCCCAUGUCAAUUUGGAAACUGGUGAUUUGAUUGGAGCCCAAAGACCUAUCCGAAACCGGGCAGCGAUCGAGAAACAGCUCGUGGAUGAUCUUCAAAUGCUUCUUCAUGGUCAAGCAACUGGCACAACUUUGGAUGAGCUGAAGCAAGAGUUCUUCGCAUUGGAUGCAGAGCAGCGCCAAACCAAGGAUCAAGCUCUCAUCCAAAAGAUUGAGAGAAAUGCUGCUCGUUGCAAUGCCCUGUUUGAAUGGUCUGACGGAAGUCUCAUUACUGCCAUGAAGACCGGUCAAUUCUUCCUUCUUGAUGAAAUUUCUCUGGCGGAUGACUCCGUUCUUGAAAGACUCAACAGUGUUCUAGAACCUGCUCGGUCUAUUCUUCUCGCCGAGAAGGGACCCAUUGAUUCAAUGGUUGUGGCAGAUGGUGGCUUCCAGUUCAUGUCCACCAUGAACCCUGGAGGUGAUUACGGGAAACGCGAGCUUUCAGCAGCUCUUCGUAACCGUAUGACUGAAAUCUGGGCUCCUCAGCUUUCCGAGGACGAGGAUAUCCUGCCAAUUCUGCAGAUGAGACUAAACCUGAAGCAACAGGACGUGGCACGAGCUAUGCUACAAUUCGCCAAGUGGUUUAAAGCAACUUUCCAGAAUACCUCGACUACCUCGCUCUCAAUCCGUGAUCUUCUCGCCUGGGUAGAUUUCGUCAACACCUGUCAAAUCGCAGAUACCCAGUUCGCAAUCAUUCAAGGUGCUGCGAUGGUUUUCGUUGACACUUUGGGUGCCAACCCAGCUGCGAUGCUUGCCAUCUCCCUCAACAACCUCGAUGGAAACCGCAAAUCAUGUCUUAACAAGCUAAGUGAGUUGUUCAAGACGGAUGCUUCCAAGAUUUACUGGGAAUCCUCGAACGUCUCCGUCGAACCGGGUGCUUUGCGCAUUGGACCCUUCUCCCUGCCCACAGUUGGCAACGCCGACCCCGAUCCGCAGUUCACAAUGGACGCUCCCACUACCAUUGCCAACUCCGUGAGAAUUGCCCGUGGUUUGCAGUCCUCGAAACCAAUUCUUAUGGAAGGAAGCCCCGGUGUGGGUAAGACUACGCUUGUUACAGCCCUGGCCAGAGCCCUUGGAAAACCCCUUACUCGAAUCAACCUUUCGGAACAAACAGACCUUACAGACCUGUUUGGGUCCGACGUUCCAGUAGAAGGAGGAGACGUUGGGCAGUUUACUUGGCGUGAUGCACCGUUCCUACGAGCCAUGCAGCGCGGCGACUGGGUUUUGUUGGAUGAGAUGAACCUUGCCUCACAGUCCGUUCUCGAGGGUCUCAACUCUUGUUUGGAUCACCGUCAACAAGUUUAUAUCGCUGAACUUGAUCAGACAUUUAAGAGACAUCCUGAUUUCGUCCUGUUUGCUGCCCAGAACCCCCAUCACCAGGGUGGUGGCAGAAAGGGUCUUCCUGCAUCUUUCGUCAACCGUUUCACCGUAGUCUACGCAGACAGCUUCACCGAUGAUGAUCUGAAGACAAUUUGCUCCAGACUUUUCCCUGGCAGCCCCUCUGUGCAGACUGAGAGACUCGUUGAUUUCAUCUCUCUCCUGAACACAGCCAUUACGCGUGAACGCCGACUGGGAGCUGUUGGCGGGCCCUGGGAAGUUAACUUGCGAGACAUCCAGCGAUGGCUUCAACUUGCCGAUCGAGGAAAUCUCCAGAUCCAAACCAAGCACUUCCUUGAUGUCGUCAUCAACCAACGGUUCAGAACCCAAGAGGAUCGCGCCGUGGUCGCACAGAUCUAUGACCGUAUCUUCACCGACUCUGAUACUAGCCUCAAGAGCUAUUUCCACAAUCUGACACCUGAGUACUUGCAAGUUGGUCUUGGAGUCCUGACCCGUGAUCCUCUACUUCAGCGCUCUGCCGAGCCAAAUAUGAGGAUUCUUCCGAAGGAUCUUCACAUUGUCGAGUCACUCAUUUUGUGCAUUGACAACUCCUGGCCUAGCAUCCUCGUUGGGGCUGCUGGAUGUGGCAAGACUACUCUCAUCAGGAAGCUCGCAGCUGUCAAUGGUGCAAACCUUGUAGAGCUUGCUCUGAGCGCUGACACUGAUACCAUGGACCUGAUCGGUGGUUUCGAACAGAUCGACCAUCGCAGAGAGGUGUCGGGCUUCGUGCACGACAUUGAGAUCUUUUUGCGCAACCAGUUGAUUCAAUGCUUCGCUUCAGGAGAGGUAUCUGAUGUCGUGGUUUCUGCUCUCAGCAUUUGCGAGCAUUUCCAGGCCGCAGACAUCUCACUAGAGCAUGUCAUCCCUUCGCUCUCUGCUCUCUGCCAGUCAUCUUCUGAUCCAGCCUACCAGCAAUUCCUGGCCAGGGCUCAGAAUCUGCUGAAUGCCAUCGAACAAUCCGACAAGAUGAAGGUUGGAUUCGAAUGGACCGAAGGUGUUCUCACUCAGGCUGUUCAGCUUGGCCACUGGGUGAUUCUGGACAAUGCCAAUCUGUGCAAUCCCUCCGUUCUUGACCGACUGAACUCGCUGACGGAGCCCAAUGGUACCCUCAUUCUCAAUGAGCAACGCACCGAGGAUGGUUCCGCCAGAAUCAUUUCGCCUCAUCCUAACUUCAGGAUCUUCUUGACCAUGGAUCCCCGCAAUGGUGAAUUGUCUCGCGCCAUGCGUAACAGAUGUACUGAGAUCUGCUUCCUGCCAAACGAGCUCCAAGAUAUCAAACCUACUGUCGGCCCAUCCUACACUUGUGAAUCCUUCAUCUACCGCCUUCGCCAUAUCUGGAACCUGGACACUUCUUUGCCAUCCGCCACCUUUGAAAAUGCCCUCGAGGUCUGCUUGGAUCACCUCUCACCGGAAGACCUGUCAUAUCUUCAACAGUCCCCUCGCAACUUUGAGGCUAUCAACGCUUUGGCCCACGAGAACGAUCAAUCAUCCAAUGUCUUCCAGCGUUACACCUCGUUGUUCCACGACAACAAUCAAUGGAAGCCGCUUGAGGUCGCUAACGGCGAGAUUAUUCUCGGAGGUGCCAGACUUGGUAUCCGAGGCAUCUCACAGCCCCUUCACCCGCUCACCAAUGAGCCUCUUCUCUCGAUUGCAGGAUCCAGUGAUUUCCGAGCAUGCUUGGUCGUCCUGGCCUAUCUCCAGGAGCUGAGACUUGAUAUUCACCGUCUCAGGCAAGGCUUAAUCCAGGCUGAUACGUCUGGUAAAGAAUUGAAGCCCAGCCAGAUGACACGGCUGGAGCGAUCAUUGGCAUCUGCGCGGAUCCCUGCAUUGAUGAAGGACACGACACAGCCCGUGGCCUCAUUCUUGUCCGAUUGUGGUCAAGCAUUGUACGACUACAUUCAGGCUCUGGAUCAGAUCUCCCUUCAAGGCCCUGUGAUCGUGGCCGCCCUUCGGGCUGUAACUUCUCUAUGCUGGGAUAUUUACAGGGCCACCGAAGUAAGCCAAGUCGAUGAAGGCGAGUUCCAAAUCUAUCUGCAGAUGGGCAGGAAGCUUUGCGCGUCGCUUGACUCAUCGACCAUGCUGCAACCACUUCAAAUUGCUUUGUCACAGGCACUCGAUCGCUUCCAAGAAGGGUGGGCCUUGAUGACAGGUCUGAGCAUGCAACGAAUGUGGGAUUCUUGGAGACAUGUGACUCCCGUUUCUCAAGAGAAGUUAGACUCUCUCGCUGAGCUGGAGUCAACUGUUUUCGAGUUCACCACUUUGGCUCUACAAACUCGCGUGGAGCUUUCGCAAUUGAGUCAAGUCCGAGACUCAUUGAUUGACGCCCAGCGUUUCAUCCUUAUGGAUGGCGCUGAUGGCGAUGUGCUUGUUCAGGGCAUCAAAGAAACUGUGGCCGAGCUAUCUCGGGCAGUUCGACGCUCAGAGUCGACCGAGUACCCGUAUUUCGCCGAUGAGUUCGAAGCUCUUUGCCAGUACCAUGACAUCUCCUCAUUCUUCCAGAACGAAGUCAGUGACACUGUCAUUCAGACCGUCAUGCCACUUCUCGCUGGUCGUGCAGCUCGCGCAUUAGAUGCUUCAAACUUCCAGAGUGAUGUGCCAAACAUGCUCCACAGGGUGACAUUGUUUGCUGGUUCAUCAAGCAAAUCGGAGGCUGCACUUGCGACAGGCGGUGUCUUGUCCCUGUCACUAUUGGACAGGCUGACAGCUGUCGGUAAUACUAAAUUGGGCCAGAUGGAUAUGCUCGAAGCGGAGAAGAAAGCUCUAUCUAAAGCUAUUACCCUGAGCAGUCGACAGAUUUCUACAGAUCAGUCCAUGGAUCUCAGACGUAUUUUGGCAAGACUCACCUCAGAACUGGUAGCUUGUCAUCGCGAAUUCCUUGAACCCCGUUCAGCCGAAAACCUCAUCUCCAUUUUGCAGGCAGUUCAAGCCGGGAAUUUGUCCGAUGAACAGACAACUGUCAAGAUUGAGCUUGAUCAAAACCUGGCAAGUGCUCAAUAUCUCAAGACCAUUACCGAGCAGGCUUUGCCGAUGUUGAUCUUGUCAUUGAGUACAGCCCCGUCAAGCAAGCAGCAGAAUAUCCGCAACACUGGACUCGCAGCGGUACAGCUAGCAGUGAUUCUUCUGCGGCUCUUUGUGCCUGACAAGACUUUCGAUCCUUCGCUUGGUCUCGUCGUUCAGCGCAAGCGGCAUUCACAACGCCUUGCAGAGUUCACUGCUAAGUCUGCUGCAAUUCUUGCAUUCGAGAAGAACUUCACCAGUCAGACUUCCAACCUCAGGUCUGAGCUCUUGCAUGAUGAGAUUCGCGAUCUGGGCGCUGCCCCGCCUCCCUCAUUGGUCAACCGGCCACAGAAGUCUCAGUUGAGCCUCUUGCAAGGAGAGUUCGUGAAUUUGAUUAACUCUGUUCUGAACAGAGACCCCGAGCAAAUGAUUCGCUCUGCUGAGCAAUCGUUAACCUCCCAGAUCCAGCUUCUGCGUGAUAACAUCCAGCAGCUGAGCAGUCGUCUCAGUACUCACUACCGUUCUUACAGUGACAUCACGGUGCCUGUAGUUCGUUUCUUGCAAUUACUGGAUCUUGGUCUAUUCCUAGGCUCCAGCCAACCUGAGCAGUCGGGCGAUGUCCCUGAUAUUCAGUCUUUGAGUGAACGAACGCCCUUCCUCGGCGGUACCCUCCAUCCUGUGCUGUCAGGAAACACUGGCAAACUGUCAAUCACCCCCAAGAACCAAGUUGAAAUGCGUCUCCAAGAACUAUCGGCUCUAUGGGCCGCCCAGGACGCAGAUUCCACGAUCCUUGACACAAAGGCCGGGCGAUCAACCAUCCUCCAUAUCUUUGCUGAUUUCCAUCAACUGUGGAAGACGAAGCUCAAGGAAGACCAGGAGCAGGAAGCCGAAAAGGGAGAGCUGUACCGCUACAAGGGUUCUUGGGAAGAAGAAGAGGAAGUCAACGAAGCAGAAUUACAUGCACUCUUCCCUACCUACGAUGAAGGGCCGGUUCAGGAGACCGAAAUGACCGGCCGCAUCGACCCCAAGGCCAUCUCUCUCCGUCUUGCUUCUCUUCAUGCAAAGAUUGUUUCGAACCAGCGCACAGGAACGGCAUUGACUACAUUCGUCAAGCAAUCUGGCCACCUCUUGGGUUCGAUCUGGUCUGACAACAAGAGCGACUUCUCGCCAGUUUCACCUGAAAGCCAUCUUCCAGCAGUCCUUCUGCUUCUGGAUGACGCCAUCAACGAGGGCGAUGACCGACAGAAGAACUACAACUUCUAUACGGAUUCUAACCUCGCAGAGGCAAGGAAAUUGGUUGCUCUCACCCUUUCUGUUCAGGCUCGAUUUGCGCAGAUCCAAAAUGCUUGGCCUGAGCACGCUGUUCUCCAGGACGUCAUUACGUGCUGCAUGGAGAUCCUUCAGUUCAAGCACACAGAGCCCGUUGCUAAAUUCAUGACCAAGCUUGAGAAGCUUCAUUCCUUGGUGCACGAGUGGCAAACCGUGGCUAGCAGAGAAUACUCCGCCGUUACUGUUUACGAUGAGAUCACCAGAACUAUCAUCAGCUGGCGCCGACUUGAAUUGUCGACCUGGGCCAAGCUUCUGGAUCUCGAGAAGGAACGUUGUGACGACGACGUCAGUGCUUGGUGGUUUAUCGCCUACGAGGCCCUCCUUGGAGCCCCCAUUCAAAUGGCAGAGGCAGGUGAACAGGACAUGAGCGAGCAUACCCAGAGCUUGAUGUCUACCUUGGAACAAUUCUUCAAGUCUACUACUCUUGGUCAAUUUGCUCGUCGCCUGCAAUUGGUCACCAACUUCCAAGCCUUGCUGGAGGUCUUCACUAAGGACUUCCCUUGUCUCAAGCAGCUUGUUUCAGCCAUGGACAACUUCCUCCACCAUUACCGACCCUUCCAACCAGGGGUGGACAAGAUCUUGACCGAGAGGCGUGCCGCUCUUGAAAAGGAUAUCAAGGAGCAGAUCCAGUUGGCCAGCUGGAAGGACAUCAACAUUGUUGCUCUGAGGGAGAGCGCCAAGCGGUCUCAUGUUAAGUUGUUCAAGUUGGUUCGUAAGUAUCGUGAAGCUCUUGGCCAGCCGGUCCAAUCAACCCUCGAGCAAGGUCUUCCAGAAAGCACCGAAGAGAUCACUUCAAUGUCUCAUUCGGAACCAAUCCGUCCUACUGCGCUAUUCCCCGAGGCGAUGGCAAUCUGCCAAAAGUACAAGGACCUCUGGUCAACCAGAGCACUGCGUUUCCAGAAGCCUGAUGGCACAGCCGACAACAUGAUGAAGCUUUACUCUGCCAUUCCAUCCGAGUUUGACAUCGCCAAGGAUCUCGACAGCUUCAUCGUGUCUGUGAUUGAGAACAUGAACGAGUACAAGUCCAAGACACCCAAGGUCUUGACCGAGGAUAAUAAGGAUGAUGUGCAGCAUCUCAAGUCCCAAAAGCGUCGUCUCUACGCUGAAACCCUGAAGAAACUCUACGAGAUGGGCGUUAAGCGCAAUGCUGGAACUAGCGUGAUCGAGACUCAAGAAUCUCUCGCGCAGAUCCUUGCUACUAGCGCUGCUUUCGAGUCUAGCGCGGCAACUUCGAGCGCUGUUCAAAGUGCCGACUGGUACUUCCACAGACUUGUGGACCUCCUGCCCAAGACCCGUCUAGCUUCGCGCAACUAUUCCGAGGAGCUGAGCAACGUCGAGGUCUUCAGAAGUAUGGGAUCUAUUGAGCACCUUAUCUUCACCGUUCGUCGGCAGAGAGGUAUCAUCUCGCCCGCUCUCACUGGCCUAGGCAAGUUGAAGUCCACGCUUGACAAGGUGCAGAACCUUUGGACAGCAACCUCCGACUCUCUCUCCAAGGAUCAUGCUUCUACUUCGGAAGAACGAACCAACCUGGCCAGAGUCGUGGCUUGGUUGGCGCCCAUUCUUGGAUUGGCUGCCAUGAUUGUCAGCGUGCAUGCCAAGUUCUCAGGACUUGACGCAUCCAAGAUUGUCGAAGCGCUAAGCUCCAAGAAAGCGACCUUCGACACCUUGCGCAAAUCGCACGAGGCUCUUCCCCUUCUGCCUACCGGAAUUGUGUCGAAGGCGCACCACGAGAUCAUGCAGCAGACACGAGCCUCGCUCGACGAGUUGGCUGCUGAUCUGAAGAAGUGGAGUCAGUCUCGCCCCGACCUUGCCUUCGUAUUGGACCAGGUCACACCUUGGAUCAGAACAGACAUAGGUGCUCUUCCCGACACUUUCGAAGAGAACAACCUUUCCAUCCAAGCCUUCGACAGCAGCCUUCUGACUGCUAUUGACAAGAUGCUCAUUGGUCUCCAGAAGCUCAAGGAAGUGCCUGCUGCUAUCACCUUUGAUGGGUUGCUGUUGAGGAGUGACGAGUUCUUCUCUCGCGGAGUGAAGGCUGUCCAUCUCACCGAGAUCACAUCAUCAUUCGAGAUGGUCCUUGAGCAGUUGAACCACCUGCAAGACCACUCCGCAGCCGGCCUCGCUAUUGCCACCGCCUUGAUCACUAGUAUCUUACCCGUUGCCAACAGAUACUACCAAAUCUGCCGAGACCUUGCCGAUCGAUUCGUCGCUGUUCAUCGCGAGAUCUGUAAGACAUCUUACAUUCUGACAAAGACCUUCAACCAGGUCGCCUCCGAGGGCUUCUGUAGCCCUGGCGAGGCCUCCCAAGACCAGGGCAAGGAGGGUAAGAUGGAAAGUGGAACAGGUCUCGGUGAAGGCGAAGGUGCGGAAGAUAUCAGCAAGGAUGUUGGUGAUGACGAAGACCUCUCUGAGCUGGCCCAGCAGGAGAACAAGAAAGAGGACGGUGACGACGAGAUGGAUGAUUCCGCCGACGCUGUCAAUAUGGACCAGGAGGAGCUCCAAGGUGACGCCGAGGACCGUAAGGAUGGCGAAGAGGAGGAUAAGGAUGAGAGUGCCGAUGAAGGUGAAGAUGACAUCGACGAAGAGACUGGCAGCGUCAAUGACCUCGACCCAGCUGCUGUUGAUGAGAAGCUCUGGGACGGUGGAAACGAUGACCAGCAGAAGGAUACCGAGAACGAAGAAGGCAAGGGCCAGUCAGAGGCUGAGCAACAGGCUGCCGCGCAAGAAGAACAGAAGAAGGACAAGGACGGCGAAAAGGCCGAAGACAAGGAUGGUGAAGGCGAAGAGGAGGAAGAAACUGAAGACGAAGAAGCCCCUGAAGAUGAGGGUGAGGCAGUAGGCCGUGAGGAGAUGGAUGUCACCGACCCUCAAGCGGAGGAGCAAGAGACACUUGAGCUUCCCGAAGAAAUGCAGCUUGACGGUGAUGAUGGAAAGGAUGAUGGUGGUGACGAAGACGAUGAUGGAAUGGAUGACCUUGACGAUGACAUGGGUCCCGCUCCUGAGGAAGAAGGCAAGGUCGAAGAUGGUGACGAUCAUGCCGGCGAAGAAGACGUCGACGCAGCACCAGAUGACCAAGCGCCUGGUGAGGAUGAAGAGAUGGGCGAUGAAGAUGCCAACGAAGCCGAAGCCGGAGGAGAGGAAGAGGAGGAAGCUGGUGGCGAAGACCCUGAUGAGCCCGAAAAGGACGACUUCCUCGCACAGCGCGAUGAAAAUGAGGCCGCGGGCGACAAUGUCGCUCCUAGCGAGGCUGUUACUGGAGGACUCGGAGCGGAGCAAGACCAAAACGAAGAUAAGGGUGCAUCGGGCGACGCCCAGCAGGAGAGCGGUUCGAGUGAUCCCACCGCCAACGUCGACGAACAGACGGGUGCUGCUAAAGACAGCGAGGAGAGCCAGGCCAGCCGAGAGGCCGGUGGAGGCGAAGAGACAAAGCCGAAUGAGCCUCAAAUGCAGGCGUUCAAGAAACUUGGUGAUAUGUUGGAGGAAUGGCACCGAAGGCAAAAGGAGAUUCUGAACCCAUCCCAAGAGGAGGACGAUUCUCAGCCUAUGCCUCAAGACACCGAUAUGGCCGACGCGGACUUCGAGCACCUCAAGGACGACGAUGACGCUGCUGAUACCCAGGCUUUGGGACAAGCCAACGAAGAGCAAGCACAAGCUCUCGACCAGAGCAAGGGCGUCGAGUCCGACAUCAAGCCCGGCGAGAACGAUGUUCUCCCCGAUGUCGCAGAAGACCAGCAAGACGCCGUGGACAAUCAACUCGAGGAUGAGAUGCAAAUCGACCGUGAAACUGCCCCCACCGACAGCGAACACGCCGGUGCCUUCAUUCCAGGCGGCAAUCCAUCCCAAGACCGUGCAGAGGGAGGACAGGGCGCCGAAGCCCUGAACGAGGAGCUCGACGAAGUCGACACCCAGCUUGCAGCAAUCCACCUCUCCUCCACGCUUCCACCGUUGACGCCACAAGACGAAGCCCGUCGCCUUUGGUCUCACUACGAGUCCGCGACAAAUGAUCUCUCCCUCUCGCUGACCGAACAACUCCGCCUCAUCCUCGCUCCAACAAUGGCUACCAAGCUCCGCGGCGACUUCCGCACCGGAAAGCGUCUCAACAUCAAGCGCAUCAUCCCAUACAUUGCAUCUCAGUACAAGCGCGACAAGAUUUGGAUGCGCCGCUCCAUUCCGUCAAAGCGAAACUACCAGAUCAUGCUCGCUGUCGAUGACAGCAAGUCCAUGCUUGAAAGUGGAAGUGGCCAGCUCGCCUUCGAGACCCUCGCCCUCGUCGCGAAGAGUCUGAGCAUGCUCGAAGCAGGCGAUCUUUGCGUCCUUGGCUUCGGUAAUGAAGACCACGUUCGCGUCGCUCACGAAUUCGGAAAGCCUUUCUCCUCGGAGGCUGGUUCGCAGGUCUUCCAGCAUUUCAGCUACCAACAAACUGGCACAAACGUGCGCAAGCUGAUUGCCGAUUCAAUUGCGUUGUUCCGUGAGGCGCGCUGGAAGCGUUCACCUGGUUCCGGCUCUGCUGAUCUCUGGCAACUUCAGCUCAUUAUCUCUGAUGGUAUCUGUGAAGAUCAUGAUACUAUUCGUCGUCUUGUCCGACAGGCGCUUGAGGAGCGCAUUAUGAUUGUGUUUAUCAUCGUUGAUGCUGUUAAGGGUAGCUCGAUCCUCGAUCUCUCGCAGGCCAACUUUGAGGCUGAUCCUGCUUCCGGUGGUGAGAUGAAGCUUAAGAUGAAGCGCUAUCUUGAUCACUUCCCCUUCCCUUACUACCUCGUUGUCCGUGAUGUGAAGGAGUUGCCCUCUGUGUUGGCUACUGCGCUGAAGCAGUGGUUUGCCGAGGUUGUGGACGUGUCGUCUUGA